GUUCAAAACUAGAGUACGGCUGAUUUGGACGCCUGCAACACAGACGUACUGUGUGCAUAGACCUUAUAACCUUAUGGGUCGUUUUUUUAGACUGCGAACGACUAUUAAAAUGAACAUGUUCUGAGCUGUUUUAUUUCCUUCGGUAGAGUCUGUAGCGGGUGGACUCGCCAGCUAUCUAAAAUUAGCUUAGCUAAGUUAGCUGCGGUCUUCCCGUCGCUAAGCACCCGGGAGUCUGGACGAUUCUCGUGUGAAGAGAACCGUAGCUAGCUAGUGAUAUUACCGUGGCUGUGUGUUCAACUUUGCUGGCUUUAAUGUUGUUUUAUUUUUAAGCGAAGCGGACACACAUGACCACAUAAGCAGAGUUAUCAGAAGGCUACGCUGCGGUUGCCAAUGGCGACGUGGACGCAGGUUAGCUAGCUAGGCUAACUCCUCAGCUCAGUCAGCGAUGACUGAUUUAUCCAGGGCUGGUGUCCUGUGCCACUCUGUGUUAGAUAUGGUGCGUUCAGCGAUGACUGUGAUUUAUCCAGGGCUGGUGUCCUGUGCCACCCUGUGCUAGAUAUGGUGAGUUCAGCGAUGACUGUGAUUUAUCCAGGGCUGGUGUCCUGUGCCACUCUGUGUUAGAUAUGGUGCGUUCAGCGAUGACUGUGAUUUAUCCAGGGCUGGUGUCCUGUGCCACUCUGUGUUAGAUAUGGUGCGUUCAGCGAUGACUGUGAUUUAUCCAGGGCUGGUGUCCUGUGCCACCCUGUGCUAGAUAUGGUGAGUUCAGCGAUGACUGUGAUUUAUCCAGGGCUGGUGUCCUGUGCCACUCUGUGUUAGAUAUGGUGCGUUCAGCGAUGACUGUGAUUUAUCCAGGGCUGGUGUCCUGUGCCACUCUGUGUUAGAUAUGGUGAGUUCAGCGAUGACUGUGAUUUAUCCAGGGCUGGUGUCCUGUGCCACCCUGUGCUAGAUAUGGUGAGUUCAGCGAUGACUGUGAUUUAUCCAGGGCUGGUGUCCUGUGCCACUCUGUGUUAGAUAUGGUGCGUUCAGCGAUGACUGUGAUUUAUCCAGGGCUGGUGUCCUGUGCCACUCUGUGUUAGAUAUGGUGAGUUCAGCGAUGACUGUGAUUUAUCCAGGGCUGGUGUCCUGUGCCACUCUGUGCUAGAUAUGGUGAGUUCAGCGAUGACUGUGAUUUAUCCAGGGCUGGUGUCCUGUGCCACUCUGUGUUAGAUAUGGUGCGUUCAGCGAUGACUGUGAUUUAUCCAGGGCUGGUGUCCUGUGCCACUCUGUGUUAGAUAUGGUGCGUUCAGCGAUGACUGUGAUUUAUCCAGGGCUGGUGUCCUGUGCCACUCUGUGCUAGAUAUGGUGAGUUCAGCGAUGACUGUGAUUUAUCCAGGGCUGGUGUCCUGUGCCACUCUGUGCUAGAUAUGGUGAGUUCAGCGAUGACUGUGAUUUAUCCAGGGCUGGUGUCCUGUGCCACCCUGUGCUAGAUAUGGUGAGUUCAGCGAUGACUGUGAUUUAUCCAGGGCUGGUGUCCUGUGCCACUCUGUGCUAGAUAUGGUGAGUUCAGCGAUGACUGUGAUUUAUCCAGGGCUGGUGUCCUGUGCCACCCUGUGCUAGAUAUGGUGAGUUCAGCGAUGACUGUGAUUUAUCCAGGGCUGGUGUCCUGUGCCACCCUGUGCUAGAUAUGGUGAGUUCAGCGAUGACUGUGAUUUAUCCAGGGCUGGUGUCCUGUGCCACCCUGUGUUAGAUAUGGCUUCAAAACAGAAGAAGGGCUUAAGGGGCACAAUUGAUGAUGUUCUGGGGGACCUCUUGGGCGACGGAAGUGAUGACCCCCCCGUGAGGAGCAGGUCUUCCGGUGGAGGAGCAGGCGGAGAUCCAGGUGUGCCGCCAUCACGUGGCAGGAAAGGGUCGCUACUGGAGAACGAGUUCUUCAGCAAACUGGCAGAGGAAGCUGAGGAAGAGGAUGAGGGCUCCGACGUUUCCGAGGCCGACCCCAAGGCACUGUUAGACACCAUGAAGGACAUAGAUGACAUGGACGCUGACCUUUUCGGCUACCAGAGAAAGUCGAGAGCGGCCCUGACUAAACCCGACUCAGCCCUGAUUAAACCCAACUCAGCCCCAGCUCAGAGCCGAGCCCCUGCACCUGGAUCGGUGAAACGGGGAGCAGCUGACCCAGAUCUGGAAGGCCCAGGGCUGGAGGAGAGGAAGCCCCGCUCUGCUCCGGCUGCCGCCGUCCGAGGAUACAGGAAGUUCAGUUUCGUGGACGACAUGCGUGAUGACCUGGGUGGCCUUCUGGACGGCCUGGACCCGGGGGUGUCUAAGAGCGUUCUGUCAGGGCAAGAAGAACCCAUGUCCCCACCUUCUCUCACUGUGCAGAAGCAGGAGCAGCUAGCACCUAAGAAGCGGGACGAACUGACCUUCGAUGAUGAUGACCAAAAUGACCUGAUGGAUGCACUGGGGUUCAGUGACACUCCGAAGGACAGUGGACUCGUCGUGAAGAGAGAGAGUGAGGCCCCUGGAAGGCCGCGCACCAGACUGGACGAGAUCCUGGGCAUUGGGACAUCUCUGCAGCUACUGCAGAGACCUGCCACGGGAGAGAAGAAGGACCCAGCCCAGCCCGAGAGAGUGCCGCCCGCCCAGAAACCGCCACGGAGGGGGUCAGCUGACAGAGACGUCAGCGAGGAAGACUUCACCUUCGGCUUGUACCAGCCCACAGUGGGAUCCGCCCCAGAGGGGCACCAGAGCCGCAGACAGUCCGUCCGAUUCUCCAUGGAGGACGUCAGCUCUCCUUCUCCAGAGCACAGACCCAAACCCUCCGUCCAGGCCGGCCGAGCCGCAUCCGACUGGCUGGGCCUGAAGAAGGAGGACGAGGAAGGGCAGACGCACGGCGCCAAGGAGCCCGCCGGAGUCCCGGAGAGCCAGAAGCCUCCACCCUCUCCACCCCGUGGUCGGGCAGCACCACCCGCAAGGGCCACCUCCUCCGCCCAGGGGCCCGGGGAGGGGGAGGAGGAGGAGGAAGACUGGCUAGCAGGGGCUCUGAGUAAGAGCAGAGCUCAGGGGGCGGGGCGAUCGGACGACAGGCUUGGAGAGGAGGCCAACCUGGCCUCGCUCCGCAGCAGACGGAACACCACCGUGACUCCACGCGAGAGACAGGAGGACAUGAGCGCCCCCCGCAGAUCACCCAGCAGCGAGCCUCUGGCUGUGUCUGGCAGACAGCAGGGGCGCACACCUACGUCAGGACCCAGCCCAGGAUCCCGGCAUACGCCCGCCACGCCCACGUCCGAGCUACGGGAACUGAACCACCUCAGUCAGCAGUCGCCUGGCAAGAGCUUGGCCAAUCACACGGCCUCGGUCAGCUACACAGAGACCCAGCAGAGACCUGGGGCAGACACUACCGUACCUGUCCAGCAGGAGGGGCUGUCUUCCACUCUGCCACCAGUGAGUCUGUCUGCAGACAUGCUGCAGCUCCUGCUGAAACAGCAGCUGACCCAGACUCAGCAGUGGGGGUUGGGAGCUUCUCUGGAGCUGGGCUCGCUACAGAAGAGAGACACACAGCAGCAGUCUGUAGACAUAGCGUCACUACAGGCUACGAUCACACAGCUGCAGGGACAGGUGAAAAGUCUUCAGAUGGAAAAGGAGCAGCUCCAGAAGCUGUUGGACAGUGUCCAGCAGAGACACACACAGGAUACAGAGCUGAUGGAGAACGCCCACAGAGCCCAUGUGAAGCUCCUGGAGGAGUCGGCGUCCCAGCGGGAGGCGCGGGUGCAGCUGGAGAGCCAGGCCCUGGCAGCGCGGCUGGCAGAGCAGGAGAGGGCCGUCCUCCUGGAGCAGCACCAGCGCCAGCUGGCCCAGUGCCAGCUGGACCGGGACCGGCAGGUGGAGCGACUCCGAGACCUCCAGAGGAAGUCUAUACUGGAGAUGAAGGAAGAUUAUGAGGAGCAGCUGCAGAGACUCCAGAAACUGAAGGAUGAGGAGAUUGAUGCAGUAACCAGUGCUACCUCGCAGACAAGGUCUCUGGCAGCACUGAUCGAGCACAUGGAGCAGUUCUCCCGCAAGCUGGGUGAUCUAGCGUGUCGGGUGGAGAGCACCCAUGAGAACACAGCGCAGGGCCUGGCGCUGGGAGCCCGACACAGGGACGAACAGCUGAGAGUACUCCAGGAGCAUCUGUCCCAGCAGCAGAGUGAGAUGGCCGAGGAGAGAAUCAGACUGAAAGAGGUCAUAGCCAAGAUGGAAACACAGCUUGCCGAACAGCAGAGAGCCCUCCAGCAGGAACGCUGGCGAGUCACGGCAGAGCAGGCUAAAGCUGAGUCAGCAUUAAGAGGACUGGAAGAGGAGAGACGUACCAUGACUCAGCGCAUCACCAUGGAGAGAGAAGAACUGGAGAGGGCCAAGAGUUCUUUGCUGGAGGAGCAGCAGGCGGUGAUGCAGCACUGUGCUGUGGAGCGGAGGAGACUCGCCACCGAGUGGACGCAGUUCCACGCGCAGGAGAAACUCCGUCAGGAGCGGGUGGAGCGAGAGGCUAACCGUGCCGUGGAGAGGGAUGCACAAAGAGAGGGCUCCAUCUUCAGCGUGGCACAGGAGCAGGCCGAGAUGACCCUCCGCGCUGGCCAGCUGCAGCAGAAGGAGGAGACUUUGCAGAGGGAGCGAGAGAACCUGGACAAGCUGAGAGAGGAUCUGGAGCAAGAGAAAGGCCAGCUGAGCACGGCGGCCCUGCGUCUCCAAACCCGCGCGCAGGAAGUGGAGAGCUUCAGCAAGCGAGCGUCUGAGCGGUAUGAAGAGGGUGAACGGGCACUGCAGGAGGCCAGACAGGUGGAGGCCGAACACCAGGCUCGUCUACGCGCCAUCCAUGCCGAGAGGGAGCGUCUCAGGAAGCAGGAGCACAGCCUACAGCAGGAACGUAUGACAAUGACCGAUCACCUUAAAGAAGUGGAGAAAAGACACAGCCUUCCCAUCAAUCCCUUCUCUCUCUCUUCUGCACCUUUAAUAAGAGACGUCUCUCCAGCGUUUGCGAGCUCUCGGCUGGAUGCUCCUGUAUCUGCUCCAGCAGUAAACACCAGCUCCAGUGGUUUCUCUCCAGAGCUGCAGGCCACACUGGCCCUGCUCCAGCACACGGCAGAGAAGGACCGAGACUUCCUUCAGGACGAGCAGUUCUUCCUGGAGACGCUAAAGAAAGCCCCCUACAACACUGCCUUUCACACACCAUGACACCACCUCUAGUGCCAUGCCUUUAUUUAGGACAAUUUUACAUACAAAAAUAAAGCAUAAUCCAACAUCUCCAGCCCCUGGCAUUUCUUUGGUUCACAG